AUGGCGGGUGCUCGCGGUGGCCGUAAUGGCCGUGGUGGUGGGAAGGCAGGAGGAAAGGUUAUUGACACUGCUGGGAACACGCCACCGUCCAGUACGGAGCAGUCGCCAGGGAAGAGUCCUCUGGUCUCGGCGCAAGCUUCUCCGCGUGCUCCCCUCGCGUCUGCGGUCAAUGAUGUGCUGGGUGAGGCGGCGAAGAUUUCUCUGCAAGAACGGUUGUCAGCUCUGAAAGACAAUGGGCUUAAGGACAACAAUGAGGGAAGUGAGACGCAGCAACCGCAACCGUCCACGUCAGCAGAUCCGUCGGCUCCUGUGUCAACGGUUCCUGUGAUGGUCGCGAGUUGCAACAUCAUGGAUGAAGACGAGUGCUGGGACAGUGACGACGAAGAUGUUUUCGACCCUGCUGCGGUCAGCCUGCUUGCGUCUCAAGUCAGCUUCUCGCUUACGCUUCUGAUUCCCAUUCAGUGGGAGAGCGAGGUCCGGAACUUGAAGCCGAUGGUCAUUGCGCACCUGGACCACUGGAAGGCUUCGCUGACGGCUGAUGCGCAAACAACAACGACGUACCAAGAGAUGCUGCCGGCGUGGCUGUCGAAGAAGAGAUAUGGCCGGCUCCAGGUUACAUUUCAGCACGAGAGUGAUGCGAUUUCGGUCUGGCAACGCGUCAUUGAACAUGACGUGGGGAAGGGGAUUACGUUAAAGCUCAACUGGCAGCACCCGGAGAACGCGACUUACAAGAAGGAGCGUCAGCAGAAUCCGGAUGCGGUGGAAGUACUGCUGAAGUCAGUUCCGGCCGGUGUCACCCCAGAGCUGGUCCGUAAGAUGCUGACGGAGGUGGUGCUGCUCAAGAAGGGCAAACCUGCGUUCAGCAAGGGCGUGGCCUUUCACAGGGUGCAAGAUCCGGUUACCGGCAUUGACACGGAUAAGAGGAACUCAAUUCGGUUUUGCGAGCUCAACAUCAACGGGCUCGGCAGUGCAGGGAAGCAGGAAAAGUGCAAGAACUGGCUAAGGAAUAAAGCAGACAUCGCGGUACUCACAGAUACUCGACUUCAGGCUGAUCACUAUUUCUGGACUCAAAUGAAGCCGGCCGCGGUGGUGGCAGUGGGACCCCCUGGCUCGGCAGGGGGUGUAGCGGUGGUGAGCCUCGUCCCUGGGAUGACCUUUACAGACACAUACACACAUGCUUCGGGAAGAUUAGUGGCGGUGGUAGUCCGGUGGGGGGAUCUGGAGCUGCUCCUGGUCGCAAUGUACUUGCCGGCGCAACCGGAGAACAGGGCCCCCUUCUAUCGUGACUGCUUGGGGCCUUUCCUGGGCACCUUACCGACUCUGAGUAACGUCAUGGUGAUGGGUGACAUGAACGUGGUGGAGGACCCGGCGCUUGACAAGUCGUCAGGAGUGGGGUCGUCAGCGGAAAACCGGAGGCUGUUGAGUUAUUGGGCGGGCCGUCCGCUCACCGACGCAUUCCGUUAUCUGCACCCUGGCAAGAGGGAGUACACUUUUCACAUGAAGGCAAAGGGGGUGAGCACCAGGAUUGAUCGUGCGCUGGUGUCUCAACCGCUGCUGUGUAAGCUGGUGGAUGUCCGGCACGCGGAUAUCACAAACAAGAUGACGGAUCACUGGAGUGCGGUGGUGGUUGCGCUGGAAUCGUCAGCGGCGAUUGAGAAAGGUCCUGGGAUCUGGCGAUUAAGAGCGGUUCAGGCAAAGAAGAGGGGGGUAAGAAGACGUGUGGAAAAGGUGAUCAUGGACGCGGGAGGUGACCUCGGUGGAAUGUUACCAAGGCUGUCGGCGUGCCUGCGUGCAUAUACGAAGGAGGAAAGAAAGAGAAUCGGGGCGACUAUGAAACAUCUGGAGAAGGAGGUGAGGGUCUUCCGCCAGCGCUUGUCGCAGAACCCGCAAUGUCAGCGGACGGGUGCAAUUCUGCUCAAAAAAGAGGAGCUGCUCAACGCGUAUGAGAAAAGUCAUCAAGAGAAGCUGCAGGAGUGGUUAGGGCUGAAGGCGGAGCUUGACGGGGAAGCGACAACGGGUUUCCUGUCUGGAAAGAUUAAAGAGCGGAAGGCGAGAACGGAAGUGAAAUCGGUCUGUUACAACGGCACUACCCACUCUGGAGCGAGGGAAGUGCUGACGGCGGCGACGGAGUACUUCAGGAACUCGUUCGGUGGGGGCGAUACGGACUCUCACGGGACGGAGCCGCAGGUUAUGGACCGGGUGCUAUGCGAUGCAAGCCGCCGCGCCCUUGGAGCGCCAUGGUCGGAGGAGGAAGUCCGGGCAGCGGUGCGUGAGCUGGCUCCGGGGAAGUCGCCGGGACAAGAUGGGCUCCCCAAGGAGCUGUUCGAACACAACUGGGAUUUGCUCGGGCCGGUGCUGAUGCAGUUCAUAGAAAGCUUCACGCGAACGGCAAAGCUACCACGAGAGGUCUCAACUGCGGUCACGAUCCUGUUGCACAAAAAGGGGAGCAAAGAGGAGUUAGGGAACUACAGGCCCAUUACUCUGCUUAGCACAGUUUACAAGGUGCUGGCGAAGGUGCUGGCCUCAAGGCUUAAAAAGGUGCUGCACGAGGUGAUCUCGGAAGAUCAAGCGGGCUUCCUACCUGGUCGGAGACUGGCGGAUGCAGUUGCUGUGGUCGCGGACGCUAUUGAGGCAGGCGCAAGCGAUGAGAAGGACUGGUACCUUCUGAUGGUCGACUUUCAGAAUGCGUUCGACUCCAUCUCAAGGGCCUUCCUUUUCCGCACGCUGAGAGGGAUGGGGGUCCCGGAGCGGUUUGUGUCUUGGGCGGAGGGCCUGCACACAGGAGCAGGAACAAGGUUACACAUCAAUGGUUGGACGGGAGAAAGGGUUGCGGUGGAAAAAGGGGUGCGUCAAGGCUGCCCGCUAGCACCGUACCUCUUCUUGUGCGCGGUGGAGCCGCUCUGUCAAGACAUUGCGAGACGCCGGCUGGGAGUAGGCGAAGAAGGCGCGGUGAAGCUAGCUUACCUGGGUUAUGCCGACGACACGUCGCUGGUGCUACAGGGAGAAGAGCAGCUGGUUGCAGCGGCUGAUGUGCUGGAAAAAUUCGGGAAAGCGUCAGGGCUGAAAGUAAACAAGGACAAGACGGUGGUCUUCCCACUCGGGAGGAAUAGGGGGAAGUCCCCGCCGUCAGACCUGCAGUUUAAGUGGGCGGAUACGGCAGUACCGGAGAGGCUGCUCGGCGUCUGGAUCACCCCGAACGGUGACCCGCUUCCGUCCUGGGAGAAGGCUUUGGACAGGGCAAGGAAGGAGUUAGCCAAAUGGGAAAUUCAACAUUUAACGACAUCGGCAAGGGUCACGAUUAUCAACGGAUACAUAACGCCUAUCUUCAUGUUCCAGGCAUACAUUUACCCGCCGCCAGAGGAAAUAUGGACGAAGGUCAAGCGGAUCUGUCACCACUUCGUGUCGGGAGGUGAAGCGACGGAGGAAAAGGCCUUUGUCCUCUGGAACUACGAGCUGGUCUGCACGCCUCGUGAAGAGGGAGGGUUGGGGAUGAUCUGCCCCAAGAAGCGGUUCGACAGCAUAGCGGUGCAGAAUGUUGGCCGCAUGAUGCUGCAGACAAACCCCGUUAAGAAAUGGCUGACGGAAAGAGCGGCGGCGAUGCCUCUGGGCCCGGACACAAUCUAUGCCCACCAGUCCCUGCAGAAGCACUGGGAAGAGGGAAGCAAGCGCUGGAAGGACAUGACACUGGCCUUCUGGAAAUCACCUUUCUGCGUCACCCCGGAGCCAAGUAACCGCUGGGAAGCGGAGCGGGAGCAGCUGGCUUUUAACAGACGGAUACCUUUCAGGGGGGCCAGCCCGUUCGGAAACCAACAAGGCUCGGCGAAGCUACUGGGCGUAACUCUAGGCGACCUGGUCUGGCGUCGGGCGGAUGGAUCACGGGAGCUGAAAUGUGUGGAAACUCUGACGAGUGAGCUCGGCAGCGUUGAUACGGCGAAGUUGGCGCUGAAAGCUUUCAUGGCGGCGCCUGCUGGAUGGAGAGACAUGAUACUGGCGACGUUGACAAGCGAGGAGCUCGUGGCUAAAGUCCCACUACUGCGAUAUCAGGGGUGUAUCUCUGCGGCCCCGUCGCUUUGGAAAGUUAGCGGCGCUGUCAGCGGCAGAGUGACGGGUGUGGCGUGCCGGGAAAGCAAGGACGGUACUUUCACGGUCGGGGACGGGAAGUAUCCUGUAAAUUUCGGGCUGCACAGCGGGGAGCCGGUAGCAGCACAGGGUGAUAAGGUACUGGGGCUCAUGGGGGAGGCACGAACGAAGCUCCUACAGUCCAAGCUAACCAAGGAUGGAGGGAUUCUGGCACUAAAGGAGAUCAGGAAGGAGCUGGUAACCUCAGCAGGCAUCGUAAAGGAGCAGCGGAGGUGGAUUGGUGAUGGGAGGAUUAUUGAAUGGGAGAGGGUCAUCAAGCAGAGGGACUCUCUUGCCACCCCUGCUCGGGCAAGAGAAAUCUUGCUAAGGUUGCACUGCAGGAAUUUACAAGUGGGAGAACGGCUCUUCUUCAUGAAUGACAAAGUGGUCUGCCCACACUGCAAAGCAGAGGAGACACCGGAGCAUUGCCUGCUCGGCUGCCCGGCGAUUCAGAGGAUAGUCCGCUUUCUGAAGAAGGGACUGGCUGAGAUGAACCCGCAGCUGAGUUGGCAGGGUUUGGAGGACCUCCUCUUCAUGCAGAGGAGCACGAAGUCUGGCUUUCCGGAAAGUUCUUUCAUCGCCACCAUACUUCACCAGACUUGGCUGGCAAGGUGUGACGCAAGCCGCUGUGGUGUUGCACUACAGCCCAAGAAAGUGAUACGCCUGGCAGUGGUGAAGUUUGUCGCACACGCCAGGGUGUACUGCCUGGCAAGGCAAAUGGCAGCGCGGAAGCAUGGGGUGGUGGUUGGCGCCGAUAACUGGGACUACCUGGCAACAGAUGAGGCGGCGGUGAUGAGGCGAAUAUGCAGCAAAGGGGCACCACUGACGUGGAGGAACAAUUUCAGCUCCAUCUGGAACGAUCCGAAGAUGACUAACCGGCCACCGUAG